AUGUCGAAGAAGACCGCAGUAGGUAUCGAUUUGGGCACCACCUAUUCUUGCGUUGGAGUGUGGAAGAAUGACGGCGUCGAGAUCAUCGCUAACGAUCAGGGGAAUCGCACGACUCCGUCCUACGUCGCCUUCACAGACUCCGAGCGCCUGAUCGGGGACGCGGCCAAGAACCAGGUGGCCCGCAACCCAGAGAACACGGUCUUCGACGCGAAGCGGUUGAUCGGCCGCAAGUUCGCGGACCCGAUCGUGCAGGCGGACAUUAAGUUGUGGCCUUUCAAAGUCGAGGCAGGAACGGGCGACAAGCCGAUGAUCGUUGUGUCAGCAUCGGGUGAAGAGAAGAAGUUUCACCCCGAGGAGAUCUCCUCGAUGAUCUUGCUCAAGAUGAAGGAGACUGCCGAGGCUUACUUGGGGUCCAAGUGCAACGAUGCAGUCGUGACUGUCCCAGCCUACUUCAACGACUCCCAGCGCCAAGCUACGAAGGAUGCUGGGACGAUCUCUGGUAUGAACGUCCUUCGAAUUAUCAACGAGCCCACCGCGGCGGCGAUCGCGUACGGCCUGGACAAGAAGGGCAGCGGCGAGAAGAACAUCCUUAUCUACGACAUGGGCGGAGGCACCUUCGACGUUUCUCUGCUGACAAUCGAGGACGGUAUCUUCGAGGUGAAGGCCACAGCUGGAGACACACACCUGGGGGGCGAAGAUUUUGACAACCGCAUCGUGGACUUCUGCAUGCAGGACUUCAAGCGCAAGAACAGGGGCAAGGACCUCACAGGCAACAAUCGCGCUAUCCGCCGCUUGCGGACACAGUGCGAGCGCGCCAAGAGGACCCUUUCCUCUUCCACGCAGGCCACGAUCGAGAUUGACUCGCUCUUCGAUGGUAUCGACUUCUCCUGCUCGCUGUCCCGCGCCCGAUUUGAGGAGCUCAACAUGGAUUACUUCCGCAAUUCCAUGGGCCCCGUCGAGAAGUGCUUGCGCGACAGCGGCAUCGAUAAGCGGAACGUGCACGAGGUCGUUUUGGUUGGUGGUUCCACCCGCAUCCCAAAGGUGCAGGCCAUGAUCCAGGAGUUCUUCAACGGCAAGGAGCCUAACAGGUCUAUCAACCCAGAUGAGGCCGUGGCAUUCGGCGCCGCUGUGCAGGCUGCCAUCCUCACGGGCGAGGGCUCCUCGCAAGUUCAGGAUCUUCUGUUGCUCGACGUGACUCCGCUGUCGAUGGGCCUGGAGACCGCAGGCGGUGUGAUGACCAAGCUGAUCGAGCGGAACACCACGAUCCCCACCAAGAAGGGCCAAACGUUCACCACCUACGCCGAUAAUCAGCCGGGGGUGCUCAUCCAGGUGUUCGAGGGCGAGCGCGCAAUGACCAAGGACAACAACCUGCUGGGCAAGUUCCACCUCGAUGGCAUCCCGCCCGCCCCACGCGGCGUGCCGCAGAUCGAGGUGACGUUCGACAUCGACGCGAACGGCAUCUUGAACGUGAGCGCGCAGGACAAGUCCACUGGUAAGUCGAACCAGAUUACCAUCACGAACGAGAAGGGGCGGCUGUCCCAGGCGGAGAUCGACCGGAUGGUGCAGGAGGCGGAGAAGUAUCGCGCCGAGGACGAGACGGCCAAGCUCAAGAUCGAGGCGAAGAACGGGCUCGAGAACUAUUGCUUCACCAUGCGCAACACCCUGCAGGAGGAGAAGCUCAAGGAGAAGUUUGAGGACGGGGACAAGGAGAAGAUCGAGAAGGCGGUGCAGGAUGCCCUUGACUGGCUGGACAAGAACCAGCUGGCCGAGAAGGAUGAGUUCGAGGCUAAGCAGAAGGAGCUGGAGGGCAUCGUCAACCCCAUCAUGAUGAAGGUGUACCAGGCCGCCGGCGGCGGCGAAAUGCCGGAGGGUGGCAUGCCGGGCGGCGGCGGGAACGCACCCGGCGGCGGCGCGGGGCCCACUGUGGAGGAGGUGGACUAA